CCUCGAGACAGGAUAAACAUGGCGACCGUAGACGUGGAGGAUGAGAGUAUUUUGGUGUCUAUAUUCAAGGAUAGUUUUCCUGAGAACUGGAGAGACAAUCCAGACUUUGCGACGUAUUUAUCAGAGUUAAGUUCAUACGGAGUCGAAAAGUUAAACCGAGAACCAGAGCGCUUGGCAGAGGACAGAGCUCAGAUACUGCAGCAGACUCGCGAGCUUGCCUUCUCCAACUACAAGACCUUCAUCCGCACAGCUGAUUGCACAAAGGAAAUUUAUCGAGACUUUGGACGUGUAGAAAGCAGUUUAUCUAAACUCCUCGACAAACUGCCGAGCUUUGGUGAAAAAUGCAGAGGCUUUAUAAAAGAAGCAGAAGACAUUGGAGUCAGCCGGCGCAUGAACAGUUUGACUUUAAAUCGACACACCGAGAUCCUGGAGAUUCUGGAGAUCCCCCAGCUUAUGGACACCUGCGUCCGUAAUGGCUACUAUGAGGAAGCGCUGGAAUUGGCCGCUUAUGUCAAGCGGCUGGAGAAAAAGCAUUCGUCACUUCCCGUAAUUCAGGGAAUUGUACAUGAGGUUCGGCAGUCGGCACAGCUCAUGCUGAACCAGCUUCUACAGCAGCUGCGUAGUAAUUCCCAGCUCCCCGUUUGUCUGCGAGUGAUCGGGUACCUGCGCAGAAUGGAUGUCUUUACAGAGGCAGAGCUGCGUGUGAAGUUCUUGCAAGCUCGAGGAAGUUGGCUGCGUUCCAUCCUAGUGGCUAUCCCCGAAGAGGACCCAUAUUUCCACAUUACCAAAACCAUUGAAGCCUGCCGAGUCCAUCUGUUUGACAUCAUUACUCAGUACCGGGCUAUUUUCUCUGACGAGGAUCCCCUGCUGCCACCAGGGGGACAGACUGUGAACGAGGGCGCUAUAUUUCACGGCUGGGUGGUACAACAGGUCGCAGAGUUCUUGGAGGCCCUGGACAAGGAUCUUCAGCGUGGAGUGGGAAGCCGCUUGGACUCCCUGUUGGGCCAGUGCAUGUAUUUUGGUUUGUCUUUCAGCCGUGUAGGAGCAGACUUCCGUGGACAGCUUGCACCAAUGUUUCAGAGGGUUGCCAUGGACACAUUCCGCAAAGCUAUUAAAGAGUCUGUGGAUAAGUUUCAAGAGGAUAUGAAUUUGUACACUCUCAUAUCUCUCCCAUCAAUGCUUGGCAGUACGAUACCACCUUUGGUGCCAAGUACGCAGCCUGGCACUCUUCAGCCUCCCAUGGCCUUGCUGGACUUCCCACCCUUGGCCUGCUUUCUGAAUAAUGUUUUAACAGCCUUCAAUGACCUCCGAUUGUGUUGCCCCAUUGGCUUAGCUCAGGAAGUUACCAAAUGUCUUGAGGAUGCCCUCCUGAAGGUGACCAAAUUGAUCCUAGUUUUCCACAGAGCAGAAGAAUCUGCCUUCAGUAGUCGGGAGCUGGAGUUAUUUGUUCAAUUUUGCUGUGCCUUUGCUGAGGAUAUGGUGCCAUUCCUGAACCGAUGCUUACAGGUUCUCUUCCCACCAGCUCAGCUUGCACAAAUUCUUGGUGUCCCAGCACCCCAAGUUCAUAAAUAUGGCAACAUUGGAUGCAUCAGUGUGAGCACUGUACUGGAGCCACUGGAGUUUGUCCUGCCCCAGCGGGAAAACGUGUCCCCAGUAGUGGAUCUAUCUAUUGACCUGAAUAGCUUGUCUACAACUGAGGAACCUCCAUCUUCUGAGAAAGCAGAGGCUACCGUAGAGCCUGUACCAGCUCCCCAUAUGCAUCAAGCACCAAAGACAGAGUUUACCAUAGCACCUUCCCUCACUGCAGCGGAACAAACUUCUGAUGGAGGAGAAACCCAUCAGGCCGAGGUGUCUUUAAUGAACACACAUGGUGAAUAACUGUUGUGGUAAAACAGAAGGGUAAUCAUUAUGGUUUCAACCAAAUUUAAAAUGUAGAUGGAACACUACGCCAAGUUCCCAGAACCAGAGUAUGCCUCAUCACAGAAGAAAAACCUAAUUCCAAUGGUGGUUCAUUAGCACUGCAAUUUAGUCCCAAGACUUGGCCUAUUCCCUUGAAUAACUCCUUCUGUCUAGCCCUUUCCAUUCUUUGUUGCAGAGCUUUCUUUGAAAAAUGUGGUUUAUUUGAUCCAUAUAUUGUUUAAUAGGGAUCCAUAUAUUGUUUUCCUUGUACUUUAUAAGGGGCACAGAUUAGAUUUUUAUUUGGGAAAAUAUAUAUACACACACACACACACAGGUAAUAAGAUAUAGAAGAUUAAAUUUAAAUAUGUUAAACUGUCAAACAUCCUGUACUACUGUAUUUACCUGUCAAAUGAUCAAGUUAUUUAAGUAUGCUAAAGACUAGUGAUUGUUAAAUGAUUACUUACCAUAAAAAUGUUUGACCACAA